AUGGACUUCGAGAAGAGCAUACAAGAAUACGACAUUGGCAGCGUGUUUGUCAAGGCUGUUUGGAUUGGUCCAACAAGGGAGAGAAUAUCUGGGAGUCGUUUUGUGAGGUUGCAGAAGUCGGAAUUGAGUGUCAGCCUGUUGAUGUCCAUGGACAUUCAAGACAUCCCCGGUGUGGAAUUUGGAGUUGCGGCGUUCGUGGAUAGCGCGCUUUCGGGAGCAAUAUCAGGAGAGCUUGUUCAGAUAUCGCUCUUGCAGGUCAACGACAGUAAAUCGGGGGUUGGUGAUGUGCAACUCGCGCUGAUGGAGCAAUGCACCGCAGCAUCAGGUGACAUAACUGCAAUGAGCCUCUGCCGAAUGGCUUUGCCAAGCAUUGGUCACUUUGCCCUGCGUGGCUGCAUCGACGACAGUGAUGGAAAAGUGUGUGCCACCAUCGAAUUGGGAAAGAACUUCUCGGAAUGGAUCGAACGGCCCUUGGCGUCGCAUCCGAACCUUCGAAUUGUCGCUCAGGGACAGGACCAGGAUAUCUUCACUGCUGUGGGGCAAUUCGGAAAGGAAUUUGAAGUUUUCGUGGACGUGCCCUUCCACAAUACCACGUUCUUGGUUCUGUUUGGGAACACUCUGAAGAGAGAGAAAAUGGUGAUGCGCUUCCCGGAUCCUGGGGUACACAAAAUGGCAGUUCCACUGGGACGAGAGUGCCUGGGAGGGUGCAGUGUCAAAGUGCUCAUGGCCAUCCCGAGACAAACAUCGCUGGGCCUGGAUGUUCCAACCUCUGUGGGCUUCGAUCCUCUUGGGACCCAUUGGGUUGACAGACGUUUCAACAUUCGCAUCCCCGAAGUGUCACGAGAACUGACGGUAAAUGUAACAAUUGCUCCUCCGAAUCCAUCAGAAUCCCCUCGUGAGGAAGAUGAGCUUGUCGCAAUCUCGCCCGGAGAGAAUGCCACUGUGCAAGUACUUGUUGCGAAAUGCCAGGGAGAUCCAAAUGCAGGGACCAGCUUUUCCUGCAACGAGAGAGAGCCCGCAGCAAACGCAAAGGUUUUGGUGAUUGCGGUGGACAAGGCGCUUCUGCAACUGAUGCCCAACGCUCUUGUGAACCUAUCUUCUACGCUGUCAACCGAUCUCUUUUCGUCCGUAGAAACCUCGCGCUUGUGGCCAUCUGGUGUGCUUCCGAAGGACGCCUACGCGAGAGCCGUCGAUAUUGUGCUUAGGCGCCUGGAAAUCGAUCCAUGGUUGAACGAGGUGUUUGAUGUGGAUUCUUUGGGCGGCACAUUUGACAUGCCAGAUCAGCACCUCUUGGAAAUAAAUGCCGAUUCCCUUACCGUCCCGCCUCCUGGAUUGCCAUACGGACUGGCUCUGUUGGGCCGAGUCAUGAACCAGCCGCAGCCAGCCAGUGGUCCAUCUGCUGGCCCAUCUCUUCGAGUUCGGGCAGCAUCCGAGUCGGAUCCGGCAGUGCGACUGGAGAAUCAAUUCCAGACGACUCCUUUGUUCGAGCUCAUUUCUACGGAAGCGGAUGGCAUGGGACGUGUCAACUUUACGGCACCCCCAAAUCUUGGCACUUUCGUGGUGCGCGCCUACGCUGUGACAGACAAAGCCCAGCAUGGUGGGGGCGAGGCGGAAGUCAUCGUGCGGCUGCCGCUGUCUCUAACGCCGUCCGUUCCACGCAUCGUACGAGUCGGGGAUGAAUUCGAAGCCGGCAUGAUUGUGUCGCUCUUCGGCACAAGGGGAAAGCCCUCCCCUGUGGUGGCGACACUGUUCGCCGACCCUGGAGCUUCAAAGGCUCUUGAAUUUUUGUCAGAUAAUGGCACCGUCCUACCCGCAGAUUCCGCAUCGGGCGCUGAAGGAGUGGGUUCCUGCGAUCCAGGGUCCCUGAGCUGCUUGGCGCCCGUCACAGCAAAAACGUUGCUCACCGACGAAGACGGGCAAGUGGAGGUGCGGUUUCUGUUUUCCGCCGUGCAGCUCGGAGAAACGAACCUGACGAUUCGGGCAGACAGCGGAGGAAACAGCGACGCUCUGCAGAUUUCAAUACCCGUUCUGGCGCAACAGGAGGAGGUGCAACUGGCCACUUCAUUCACCAUUCGCUCUGACAAGUGGGAAGAACGAUCAGAAGAAGGCCUGAAAAUACCGGAUGCUGUGCCUGGAACCGGAACGCUAGGAGUCGCGGCCGGCGUAGGGAGAUUGCCAUCUGUUCUGGACCUGAGCACCAGAAUACUGGAGACAAGGACAAUGGUCCCUUACGGAUCAUGGGCUCUGGCCAACGUCACCAUCCCAGCUGUUUUGAGGCUGUACGGUUUGGAACAGCAGAGAACACCUAGUGGCCGAGACAUAUUUUCAAGAGCCAUUUCUGCGUUCGAAGAAGCCACCUUGAACCUCGAGAUAAGCAAUCUGACAUCUGAAAUCUGGGGCCUUCAGUGGGUCAAACCUCGAUUUUCCGAACCGAGCAGAGUGGACACAAGCCUUAAUGCUGAUGCCAUCUGGACAGCUAACCGUGUUGUGGGACUGCUCAACGGAGAAGUUAGGGAGCUCAAUUCCGGAAUCAAACGCCUGACAAAGUUGGCAAAUGUCUGGAGCUCAGUGCUGGAGCGACAGAUCGUCGAGGACGCACGGUCUCUGUCAAAACUGGGAUCUAAAAUAGAUCUCGCUACACUUGCAUGGACCAGACUCACCCUCGGCGCAGAUUGGUCGCCUCCACGAUGCCCAAGCCAGGACAGCUCGUUCUGCGCAGAGGCCACUGUCAUCGAGCACCUCUCCAUCGAGCGACUGAGCAGAAACAUACGCAACAUGUCGGUAGAAGCCAGGGCCCACCUCGCACUGACCUGGCUGGAGGCUGACAAGCCUGGUCACGCCGACGUUGCGGCAGUUGUGGAUUCGUUCCUUUCAGACAUGCGUGUUGCGGGACGCACGGCGUACGUUUCUGCACGGCCAGGGGAGGCACAGCCUGCAGGUCUGCAAAGCCAGGCGCUUGCCUUGCUGGUGUUUGUGGAAUCCAACAGCUCAACACAACUGGUCGAGAAGCUUGCCAAUUACGUGGGACGGGGAGGACUGUCCAACGGUGGAUUUUCUGACUCGGCAAUGGCGAUGAUCGCAUCUCUGCAUGCUCUCUCACAGUACGACCUGUCAAGUGGCAGCAUUGAUCCAAACGUGGCGCUCAACGUAUCCAGCGGGUCAAUCGCCAUUUUGCAGGCUUUGUUCGACGAUCCGAGUGACCCCAUCGCGGAAUCCUCGACCCCUUUUUCUGCCCUUGAAAGCCCGCCUCCCCCUCUCUUGUUCGAGACUCAAGGCACGGGCGAAGUCACGAUUGUGGCCUCACUGGAGUUCGUCCCCUCCCAACUUCUACCGUUUCCCACAUACAGAGGGAUAUUUGUGGAGAGGAUUGUACAGAAGGCUGGGCCAGACAAUGCCCCUUCCAGCGGACCUCUGGCGCGGGUGCCCCUGGCAACCCCAUUAGUCAUCACGUUGCAGAUAACCACGCCUGAUUCCCUGGGGCCUGUCGUGGUGCGGUCCCUCAUGCCUGGUGGACUGGAGCCCAUCGAUCCACUGGUUGACCCUGGUGCUGCUACAGAGUGCACUGCAGACAGAUUGGGAAUUUCAUAUCGGCACUGGUUUUAUCCACUGUGCCCUUUACAGGAGACACGGCCAUCUCAGGUCACAUUCAACUACCGCUACCUUCGCGCUGGAACACACGCCAUAUCGUUUCAGGCCAUUGCGUCAUCGGUUGGCAAAUGGAUGUUGCCGCCAGUGCAGGCUUAUGACGAGCAGCAGCCUGAAGUCAUGGGGAUGUCCGCUGCUGGCGACUUGUUUGAGGUCUGCGAUCCAAGUGGCGGUGACGAGUGCAGUGAGAUUGGGGCAGAUGGGGUUCGAGCUCCGUCAGAGCCUCCGAAGCCCUGUCCCGGCAACUGCAAUGGUCUCGGCCUGUGCGACCUCUCCACAGGGAAGUGCUUAUGCGACAGCGGGUUCUCUGGAGAAGACUGUGGAUCAUUCGCUGAGCAGCGUUAG